GGUAAACAAUCGCUACUACGAUACUCUUGAGCUCUAUCCUAUGUAAUUGCCGUUAGUUAUGUUUAUUAAUUAGAAAAUACAAGCAUAACGUCUAAUUUGGGACUCCUGCAUGAAAAUGUCUGAAAAUGCACAGACUCUUACAACUGGAGAACGAUUUCAACUUCUUGUGGUUUAAUUCUAUGUACAAAUCGUGUUCAGAUACCAUGGAUGAUGAUGAAAUCGAUAAUGAUUUUAAUUUUGAGAAGUCUCCCAAGAUUGAAUCUCCUACCAGAGAGGAUUGGAAUGCACAUCCUGGGGAUAAAAAUGAUCCUAAGCCUGGUGUUUCUACAGACUCCCAAACUUACCAUAUCACAAAUUUGCCUCCUGAAAUAAUGCAGCACAUUCUGAAAUUUGUUUCCUUUGAUAAUAUUGCUAAAAUCAGACUUGUCUGUAAACACUUUGACAACCUGUGUUCUUCAAUACUGAACUCCGAAUUUAAUCGGCUACGAUCUGUGAUUCAACAACGUUUGCUCAGCAUCAAAUCACAGAUGCCAAGACGUGAAUCAGCACGUAGGAAACAUGCUCUGGCUAGGGAACAUGAUAUCAUCGAAACUCUUAACAUGAGACUGUCAUUGCUUCAUAUGACUUUAGGAAAACAUAUCGAAAGAAAGUAUUGCUGCUUUUUCCCAGGAGAGAUUAUAGAUGAAGUUUAUCGAGUUUUGAGAUACAUAGAAAAUACUCCUUGCUUGAAUCAUGGAUACAAAGUAACUGAUGAGCUUUUUGAUUUGUCCACUAUGGCUAUGGAAUAUUUCAAGGAACAUAUUGAACCAAGGCUACCAGAAAUAUCAUAUUUUUGCUCCAGAUUUCCUUGA